AUGUACUGCCAUCGACCCAGUGGCUCAAAGCGUUCGCGUGAAGGUGGUCCUUUACAAAUCAAUUCCGGGAGUCACCUAGAGCGGUGUCAGCAAUGGCACACGCCUCAGAUUACUGAAGCCAUUAGUCAGCGAAUACCCAAAAGCUUCCUGAUGGCCUCCUACUCGCAAUAUCUCACCAAAGAAAAAGAAGAUGAGCUUCGAGGCAUUGCCAAUGCUAUUGUGGCUAGCGGAAAAGGGCUUCUUGCCGCUGAUGAGUCAACUGGAAGCAUGGAAAAACGUCUAAAAAGCAUUGGCGUAGAAAACAAUGAAGAAAAUCGCAGAAAAUAUAGACAGCUUUUAUUUACUGGCAAUCCUGAUCUUGGGAAACAUAUUUCCGGAGUUAUCAUGUUCCACGAGACAUUCUACCAGAAAGCUGAUGACGGCACUCGUUUUGUCGACGUACUUAAAAAGCAGGGUAUCAUCCCCGGAAUUAAGGCAAGAAUUUCGAUAGUGGAUAAAGGCGUCGUUCCAAUGGCCGGAACUGUUGGGGAGGGCACCACACAGGGACUAGAUGAUCUUAACGCGAGAUGCGCUCAGUAUAAGAAGGUGAACUUGCUUAUGUUGAUCAAGAACAAGCAAUAAGU